AUGCGUGACCUUCGACCAACCCACAUGUCUGAUAUGCUUGCGCGGCAGCUCGUACGUUACCCAUUGAGGGUUUUGCUUGUACCAUCAUUUGUGCAUCCAGAGCACCCCAUUGCUAGUCGUGAUGAAGAUACAAAAUUCACAUAUGAGCUUUUCAUGACAUGGCGGUUGGUGGACUUCAUCCCCAGUACAUCUGAGUGGAAGAAGACAUCGGUCUUAUGGGUGAUUGAGAAUGAACAGAGAUCUGAGCGACUGUCAUUUGAAGCUUUAUUCUAUCUGUGCUCUUCGCGCCGUGGCCAUCUUUAA